CAGCAGCCACAAAUAUCCACUCUCCCAGACCCCAGACUCUCUUUGGGAAAAAAAAGGGGGAAAAUGGAUUGAUUAAUUCGAAUCCUCAUGGAAUUAGGUCACUUUGUUACCCCAUAUCCGUUGGAAUCAAUCAGGUUUUAUGCCAUGGAAGAUAAACAGUCAGUUGCAACACUCAUAGACUCGACAACUUCUAAGAUACAGAAGCUUCAGAAAGCAUUUGCUGAACUUGAAAGUCAUCGUCCCGUGACACUUAAUCUGAAAUGGAAAGAACUUGAGGAACAUUUCCGUAGGCUUGAGAAGUCCUUGAAGAGACGCUUCCAUGAAUUGGAAGACCAAGAAAAAGAGUUUGAGACAAAAACAAGGAAAUCUCGAGAAAUGUUGAAGCAGCGUGAAGCUGCUGUUGUAACCCAAGAACAAGCUUCACUGGUGAGUCUACAAGAAAAGAGAGAUGCUGCAGCUUUUGCCAUUACUAGUGCUCUAGCAAAGCAUAGGAAAGUAUCAUCCGAGGAUCCUGCUGAUGUCAGCUGUGAUGAGGACAGUGGUGAACUGUCAGUUGAGGAGAAACCACCUGAUUCUGUAGCUUCCGAAAGUAAUUUGGAGAACAUAAAACAUUCUGAGAAUGGUAAUUUCGGGGUGAAAUCUUAUCCUCAGUUGGUAAAACUUUGUGAAGAGAUGGACUCUAAAGGACUGCACAAGUUUAUAUCAGAUAAUCGUAACAAACUUGCUGCCCUAAAGGAGGAAAUUCCUCGGGCAUUGAAGGCUGCAGCAAGCCCAGCUCACUUGGUCCUGAAAUCUUUGAAUGGAUUUUACCUUAUAGAAGCACCAAAUGUGGACCGAAAGAAAGAUUCAAAUCUACUGGGUUUUAGGCGAACCUGUAUUAUGUUGAUGGAAUGUCUUAGCUUUUUGCUGAGUAAUAUGAAUAUGGUUUCUGUCUCUGCUUUAAUCUUUGAAGAUAUUAAGGAGCAAGCAAAGUUAAUUGCUGAGGGAUGGAAACCAAAGUUGGAUGCUCUUGACCUGGGUGCUAGUAAUGGUAAUUCAUUGGAAGCUCAUGCUUUCCUGCAACUUCUUGCCACUUUUGGUAUUGCUUCCGACUUCAAUGAGGAAGAACUCUCAAGGCUUAUCCCAAUGGUCUCUCGUCGUCGUCAGACAGCUGAUCUCAUCCGUUCCCUUGGUUUGUCUGAAAAAAUGCCAGGUGUAAUUGAAGUUCUGGUGAAUAGUGGAAGGCAGAUUGAUGCAGUUAACCUGGCUUUUGAAUUUGAUCUUACGGCACAGUUCUCACCUGUACCUUUACUUAAGGCCUACUUGAAGGAGGCGAAAAAAGCUUCUUCACCUGUUAAGCCUGGAAAUGCCCCUAUCACUGCUCAGACCGAGUUUAAUGAGCGGGAGUUGGUGACUCUGAAGACUGUGAUCAAAUGUAUUGAGGAGCAUAAUAUUGAGGAACAAUUCCCUGUUGAUCCACUUCAGAAGUGGGUUCUCCAAUUGGAGAAGGCUAAAGCAGACAAGAAGGGACCUGCCAACCACGACAGCCCCACUCUCCUUGGUUCUGCCACUUACAACUUCCCCCCCACUCAUGGUAACUACUUCGGCUACCAGUAUCAGGUUCCUUAUCUUCACUAAUUUUCCUAAAAAUGGAAGAAGGUGACAGCGAGCCUCUCACUUAACUAUUAGCCUUAACCUUCCACGUUGCAGUUUAUGAAUACGGAUUUAGUACCUAAAAAAGAUGAAAA